CAGUUGGCUGUGGGUGUCAGUUGGCAUUAGUAGUUCCUGUCUUUACUACCCCUGCAGGUGCUGCCACUGUCUCCUCUGUGCUCACACCCUGGUAGCACCCUCAGGAUUGUGCACCCUACAGCAGCUCAGUGCAGAAGUGUGAACUUGGCCUUCUUCAGAGGUUCCUCACCAUGACCUCCAAGAAGCUGGUGAACUCAGUGGUAGACUGUGCUGACGAUGCCCUUGCUGGCCUGGUGGCCUGCAACCCCCACCUGCAGCUCCUACAGGGCCACCGGGUGGCUCUCCGCUCUGAUCUGGACAGCCUCAAGGGCCGGGUGGCACUGCUGUCAGGUGGAGGUUCUGGCCAUGAGCCUGCCCAUGCUGGUUUCAUCGGGAAAGGCAUGCUGACAGGGGUUGUUGCUGGAGCCGUGUUUGCCUCCCCAGCUGUGGGCAGUAUCCUGGCAGCUAUCAGAGCUGUGGCCCAGGCAGGCACAGCGGGGACCCUCCUCAUCGUUAAGAACUACACUGGGGACCGCCUCAACUUCGGUUUGGCUCGAGAACAGGCCCAGGCUGAGGGCAUCCCUGUGGAGAUGGUGGUCAUUGGAGAUGACAGUGCCUUCACUGUCCUGAAGAAGACAGGCCGGCGGGGCCUCUGCGGCACAGUGCUUAUCCACAAAGUGGCAGGUGCCCUUGCUGAGGCAGGUAUGGGACUGGAGGAGAUCACAAAGCGGGUGAGCGUGGUGGCCAAGGCCAUGGGCACCCUGGGGGUGAGCUUAUCCUCCUGCAGCGUCCCAGGCUCCAAACCCACCUUUGAGCUCGCAGAGGACGAGGUGGAGCUGGGCUUAGGAAUCCAUGGGGAAGCUGGUGUGCGCCGGAUAAAGAUGGCACCUGCUGAUGAGAUUGUCACACUCAUACUCAACCACAUGACAGAUACCUCCAGUGCAUCCCACGUGUCAGUGCCACCAGGAUCCUCUGUGGUGCUAAUGGUUAACAACCUGGGUGGCCUGUCUUUCCUGGAGCUGGGCAUCAUAGCUGAUGCUGCUGUGCGCGCUCUGGAGGGCCGUGGGGUCAAGGUAGCCCGGGCCCUGGUGGGCACCUUCAUGUCCGCACUGGAGAUGCCUGGUGUUUCUCUCACACUCCUGCUGGUGGAUGAGCCCCUCCUGAAACUGAUAGAUGCUGAAACCAAUGCAGCAGCCUGGCCUAAUGUGGCCAAGAUCUCCGUGACGGGGCGGAAGAGGAGCCGGGCAGCACCCAUUGAGCCCCAGGAGGCCCCUGAUUCCACUGGGGCAAAAGGCGUAGCCUCAAAGCAGAUGGAGCUUGUGUUGGAGCGAGUGUGUACCACCCUCCUGGGCCUGGAAGAACACCUGAAUGCCCUGGACCGGGCUGCUGGUGAUGGGGACUGUGGCACCACCCACAGUCGAGCUGCCAAAGCUAUCCAGGGAUGGCUAAAGGAGUGCCCUCCUCCUGCCAGCCCUGCCCAGCUCCUCUCCAAGUUAUCUGUUCUGCUGCUAGAGAAGAUGGGAGGCUCGUCGGGGGCGCUCUAUGGCCUGUUCCUGACCGCAGCUGCUCAGCCCCUUAAGACCAAGACUGACCUCCCAGCUUGGUCAGCUGCCAUGGAUGCCGGCCUGGAGGCCAUGCAGAAGUAUGGAAAGGCUGCACCAGGGGACAGAACUAUGCUGGAUUCUCUAUGGGCAGCAGGACAGGAGCUCCAAGCUUGGAAGAGCCCAGGGGCUGAUCUCCUCCCAGUUCUGACCAAAGCAGUCAAGAGUGCAGAAGCAGCAGCGGAGGCUACUAAGAACAUGGAAGCUGGAGCUGGGAGAGCCAGUUACAUCAGCUCGGCAAAGCUGGACCAGCCAGACCCUGGGGCAGUGGCUGCAGCUGCUAUUCUCCGAGCCAUCUUGGAGGUCUUACAGAAUCGGGCAGCAUGACUGCCUCCCUCAGUCUCAGCCCUCUCUCAAUGAUGUGCAAAGGUGUCUGUUAUCACCUCCUCUGCCUCCCAAUGGUCACCUUCCCCCUCUCUCCCUCUCUUGUCCCUGGGCCUAUCCUCUGAGUCCAGCAGGAAAUCCUCAAAAGUUCAGAACUGGUUCCCACAGGCAGCACUGGACUGGCCUGGGCCACUUGCCUCCCAGCACUGUCUUCUCUUUCCUCAGGGAGGGUGGAGUUCUAGGUCCCACCCAGCUCCAGCCAGCACUGGGCUUCAGUGAUAAGACAUUUCCCCUGAAGACUCCAACCCUCUCUCUCUGCAAGGCCUUCUGUACCUCAACCUAAGUGAGCAUGGAAGGAAAGCUAAUAAAAUGUAUUG